CAAAGUUAAAUAAUAUCCCCUCCCUAAUCAUUCUCUUUCAACAUUUUCUUUAUAUUGAAGCUUCACUUAUUCCUCCACGUUUCUCUCUUGAAGAAGAAAAACACUCUUGUGUAUUACACAUACACUGAUACACAAUACAGAAUCACCGGAAGAAGGAAAAAAAAAGCAAUAUCAUCACUAGAGGCACAUGAACUCAGUAUGUAUCUCUAGCUGCAUCGACGAUGCACGUGACACUCGUGUGCCGGUUCGCACCACGUACGUGAACCUCUAUAAGUGGCCUGAGUCGGACGCUGAGUUCGUCCGCUCCGUCCGACGUGGAGGCGGCGUGCCUGCGGCUCGUGUGGUGGAUAGCAUAUCUUGCCGGCAGAUGUAUCUCCGGAGCUACACGUUCUCUCGGGAAGACGACGACGAUACUAGCUUGCCGCCAGCGACGCGGACGUCUUGUCUAGAGAGGGUUAAGCAAAAGGUGUCUUUCAGAAGAGGGAGUAAGGAAGGAAGUGACAUCAUCGCUGAGAAGGCAAAACCGCGUCGCCAUCGUGAGAAGAGGAGAGUUAGAAAGAAGAAGAGAGAACAAGCUUGUUCUGUUAUGUUCAGGUUUUUUCGAAGGUUGAUGUCUUGUGCUGCGACCGUAGAUGUUGUUGAUCCAAACUAGUUAAGUUCAUUAUACAUUUUGUAUUAAACUCUUAAUUAAUAUUAAUUGAGCUUUAAAUC